CUAUUUUUAACGAUACUUUAAUCAAAUAUUUUUGUUUAUUGAUCGUUUAGACACAUUUCGUUAUUGAAUAAUUCAUAAGUGCGAAUAUAAACAAGAAACAAACUAUCUUCAAAAACCCUGAGUUUUUUUUAAUAAUUAUUUAUUUACAAAAACAAAUUUAAAAAAAAUAUAUAUAUUGAUUACAUUCAGUGACAGAAAGACAGACGUGAGAUACCGUUAUCUGUUAUAAUUUUAUUAAGGAGAGUGUGAGAAGAUAAUGAUCAAGGCGAAUUCAUGUACAUAGAUUCGCCUUUUUAAUAAUGUUCGUAAAAGUAGUUGUUAAAUAUUAAAAUGUAAUAAACAACAAAUAAAUUAAAAUAAAAAAAAUAAAAAAAAACUGAAAAAAUAAAUAAAAAGAGGAAAAUUACUAACCUAUCGCCUUCAUGUACCAGAUUAAUCAGUUGUGCGUUGUGCUAUAACAUUUGCAUUUUAUGGAAAAAAUGCUGAUGCAUUUCAACAUAGUGUUUUAAAAUAAAAUAAAGAAAAAGUAUUAAAAAUAAGAUUCAUUAAGUCGUCACUAUAUAUUUAUAGUUUGUUUUGAUCUUCACGAAAAUAAAAUAAAAACAAAAAAAAGCAAUUAUGGAUGGCAUGGCCUCAGUACUAUUUGUUGUUACAAUACCGACGGCCAUUGAAGAGGAACGUCUGAAACGUGAGUUUUUGGCGAAAAAAUAUGAUUUAUUAAAAUCAGAACAAACUGAUACUACACCGACUACGGCCGGAAAUUUCCCGCUUAAAACAACGGACAGUAGUAGAACAACAACAACAAUAAAUUCAAAUAUUACACCAACAACUACAACAACAGGACAAUAUCAAAAUAAAAAUGAAGGUCAAAUUAUCAAUGACAAUGCAGAAACCAUUAGCACAACCACAAUUGGUGUACCCUCGAUCUCAGCUAGUGCCGAUGCUGGAGCCAUUGAUGAAAUGUCAGCUGGUGCACAAAUGGGACCCAUACAAUAUGGCACAUUUCCUAAACGUAGAAAAUCUAGUCAGAAAUCAAAUAUAUUAGAAGAACUUGCAGAUGCCAUGAAAUCACACCAAUUUGCAACUACUCGCACCAGCAGUCUAAAAGAUAUCGAUGCAAAUUCAACGGAUGGGUUACCGGAUACACGUAAGUCUUGGGAAGGUAUUAGAGAUGUUUUAUCUUCAACUAAACGUAAAAAUCUAAAAAAGAAGGACCAGUAUAUUGAUUUGGAUUUAUCGAAAGAUAUUUGUAUGGAAACUGUACUUAAAGAAAUUUUAAAAAAAUUUCAUAUUCAAAGUGCCACCUGGGCGAAAGAUGCUGAGGGUCGUAUGUUUCAGGUAAGUGAUAUAAGUGUAAAUAGAAUCGAUUAAUAGGUAAGUAGGUAGAUGGAU